AUGCCUCCUUCCCUCCCCUGUCCCUCUUCCGUUACUCGAGCAGCGAUCUCCCUCCCCCUCCUUGCUCGUGCCGCAAGCACCACCUCAGCCGGAACAGCCGUCACACCCAACAAACCCCCUCCAUCUAAAGAUCAUCAUGUCCACACCUACUCUCCCGAGGCAUUCCCUCUAGGUUACACCGUAUCGUCGACUCACGCUGGUAUAAAGAAGAAAGCCGGUGCUUUAGAUUUAGGUAUAUUAGUCUCGACUUCCGACACUCCUUGUUCAGCAGCGGCAUGUAUGACUCGAAACGUCUUCAAGGCCGCUCCUGUUACAGUCACUUCUGAGCUACUCCGAAAUAGUAAUGGAAGAGCCAAGGGAUUCAUAGUCAACUCGGGAUGUGCUAAUGCAGUAACGGGUAAAAAAGGUUUAGAAGAUGCUUGGUCAAUGUCCAACACAACUACUUCCCAACUUCCUCCUUCUGGUGCGCAAAGUGAUAAAGAGGGUACAUUGGUAAUGUCAACAGGAGUCAUUGGGCAACAUUUACCCAUUUCAUCGAUAUUAGAUAAAAUACCAGAAUUAAUUAGAACUCUCGAUGAUUCACCUAAAUCAUGGUUAGAUCUUUCAAAAGCAUUUAUGACUACCGAUACAUUCCCCAAACUUCGUGCUAAAACAUUCAAAAUUGGUGAUAGAUUAAUUAGAAUGGCAGGUAUAGAUAAAGGUGCAGGUAUGAUUGCACCUAAUAUGGGACCUCCUCAACCCCCCCAUGCGACGCUUUUAGGUGUAAUUGCUACAGACGCAGCUAUCAACUCCGAAGAUCUUCAAAAUGCUUUGAAUUACGCUGUCGAUAGAUCUUUCAAUAAUAUCACUGUAGAUGGCGAUAUGUCGACGAACGAUACGAUUCUCUGUCUUGCGAAUGGUGCUGCUGGGUCAGCGGAACAUGGAGGUAGAGAGACAAAAGAGAAGAUGAAAGAAUUGACGGAGAAAGAGAACCCGGAGGAGUUUGGAAUUUUCAAAGAGCAUCUGAGAGAGUUUGCAGAAGAAUUAGCUCAGUUGGUAGUUAGGGAUGGUGAGGGUGCGACCAAGUUUGUCACUAUUCGAGUCAAGGGCGCCCCAACAUACGAAAUUGCAAAUGCUGUUGCUAAAUCAGUAGCCAAUUCAAGUCUCUUCAAGACUGCGAUGUAUGGUGAAGAUGCCAACUGGGGUAGAAUCCUUUGUGCUGUCGGCUACACCCCUCUUUCACCCAACCCAAUCUCUCCAACAUCCGUGUCCGUAUCAUUCCUCCCUCCCGCUACAUCCUCAAACACCACUCCCUUGCGACUACUCACCAAUGGUGAGCCAGAACCUAACAUCGACGAAGCUCGAGCUAGCGAGAUCCUCAAAGAGGAAGAUCUAGAGAUUGAAAUUGAUCUUGGAGAUGGUAACGAGGAAGCAAAAGUUUGGACAUGCGAUUUUUCCCAUGAAUAUGUUACAAUUAACGGCAGUGUGAGUACGAGAAUUGACAUUGUCAUCAGUUUGGGGCAUAUAGGCAGAGGAAGGAUGGACGACUGA